CACAGAAUUUAGUGCUCACAGAAACUGCUCCCUGCUGCCAUCUGAGUUCUGACAGCUCAUUAGGAGACUGAAAAGCAGGGAUUUAACGGCUAAUUCUCUUCCUGAUCAAUAUUAAUAGACAACUAAUGGAUAAAUCCAACAGGCAUAAUGAUCCACUUAGUGCUUACAGAAGCAUAACUGCUCUGAAAUGAAUUGAAGUGUUUUUCUCUUUAAUUCUUCAUGGAAGUAACUAUUUGAAGAGACGGGAGACACAGGAGAGCUGACCAAUUAGCUGACACCCUGCCAAGAGGAGCCAGCAGGAUGAGUCCAGCCAGGAGCUUCCAGCUAGUCCUGAUCAUCUGCCUUCAGCACGGUUACGUGUGCACACUAACACCAGCACGCGCUCAUGCAGAGGAGAGACUGCUGCAGGUUUUAUUCAGCCGCUACAACAAGCUCUCUCGCCCUGUAGCGAACAUCUCCGACGUGGUGCUGGUCCACUUUGGCCUCUCCAUUGCGCAGCUUAUUGAUGUAGACGAGAAGAACCAGAUGAUGACCACCAAUGUGUGGGUGAAACAGGAAUGGAGCGAUUACAAGCUGCGCUGGAACCCUGAGGAGUAUGAGAAUGUCACCUCCAUCAGAAUCCCCUCAGAGCUCAUCUGGAGACCCGAUAUUGUUCUUUAUAACAAUGCUGAUGGGGAUUUUGCUGUGACACACCUCACCAAAGCCCAGCUGUUCCACGAUGGCAGAAUCAAAUGGAAGCCUCCGGCUAUAUACAAAAGCUCCUGCAGUAUUGAUGUCACGUUCUUCCCUUUCGAUCAGCAGAACUGCAAAAUGAAGUUUGGCUCGUGGACGUACGACCGAGCCAAGAUUGACCUGGUGAGCAUGGAUGAUGACGUGGACCAGAUGGACUACUGGGAGAGUGGGGAGUGGGUCAUCAUCAAUGCAGUGGGGAAAUACAACACCAAGAAGUACGAGUGCUGCACAGAGAUCUACCCCGACAUCACCUAUUCCUUCAUUAUCCGCCGGCUUCCUCUGUUCUACACCAUCAACCUCAUCAUCCCAUGUCUGCUGAUCUCCUGUUUGACCGUCCUCGUGUUCUACCUACCUUCAGAAUGUGCUGAGAAGAUCACCCUGUGUAUCUCUGUCCUCCUGUCUCUCACUGUCUUCCUCUUGCUCAUCACAGAGAUCAUACCUUCCACAUCCUUGGUCAUCCCGCUCAUAGGGGAAUACCUCCUCUUCACCAUGAUCUUCGUCACACUCUCAAUCAUCAUAACAGUGUUUGUGCUAAAUGUUCACCACCGUUCCUCGCGAACCCACCGCAUGCCACACUGGGUACGACAACUCUUUCUCCAACUGGUGCCUCGCUACCUGUUCAUGAAGCGUCCACCUGCUUCCGGUAAGAGGAAUUGCCGGAAGCUCAUCGAGAUGAUGCACAAGCCGGUGAUGCCACAGGCCAUGUUGCUUGGAGCCACUACCCUUCCCCCCUCAGAGAACCCUUGCCCUGAUCCAGAUGGGGUUUCCGCCGCCCAAUCUGGUGGGCUACAGCGGGAACCGGCUUCCAAAACUCCUCUAUUCUGCAGCUCCCCAAGCAGCCAGUACUCGAUCCUACAAGAGGAACCCACUCAAGCACCUCGAACCCCUGAACUCAGGUUCCCGCCAACGCACAACUCCUCCCCCUCCAGCCUCUCCUUAUCUCCAGACACACCCCUCGGCUCCCUGCUUCACACGCUUCCCCUUACAGAAAUAUGUGAACUCUACCGCCACAGCGCUGAAAGUGUAUUUGUAGACUCCAAGGAAGGCUUACCCGAGACAGAGACUCUUCGGCACUGUCGCAAGCAUGAGGGGGCAGCCAUAAAAACCCACUGCAUUGCAGAAGGGGGUGGAAGCACAGGGCAAGGCUCUAGACAUAACCUCCUUGACACACAAAACUCAAGCAACAACUGCAGCAAAGAACCCAGAAAAACUGAAGAAGUGGAGAUUCCAAUAUCUCAGUCACUGCUGCGAGCUCUCGAAGGAGUCCAGUACAUAGCCGACCACCUCAGAGCCGAAGACUCUGACUUUUCGGUAAGAGAAGACUGGAAGUACGUUGCCAUGGUGAUUGAUAGAAUAUUCCUGUGGAUGUUUGUGCUGGUGUGUAUUCUCGGGACAGCCGGACUGUUUCUUCCUCCAUGGCUGGCUGGAAUGAUCUAGAAUUCACCAAGGAACAAGGCACUGGACGUGAGUGGGAAGGGAGAUGGAGAAGAGACCUGCCAAUCACUUCCUGUGUUCUCAUUAAAAUUGAUCUGCUGUGGUUUUUCAGUGUGCAUAUACUAUUUCACACCAGCGCAUUCCACAUUGUCCUGUGUGGCAAACAUAAUGAUGAAGCAUAUUUUUUUUUACCAUGAAGGUCAGCUUAUAUUUCCUUUGGUAUGACAUUUUAUAAAGCAAAUGUAUUCAUUUUCUGUCCUUUCAGCAAU